ACGUUGAUCGUUUAGAGUCUAGUACAGCAUGGAGAAAACGGCGAAAAUAUCACAAUUAAAGUUUUGGAAUAAACAGAACAACAACACAAGCAAGGACAAAGACAAGGAUGCUGAUGCAGUAACGGAAACUAAGAACGGUGCUAACAAAGAGGAUUCGAAGGCAGGAAAGCGCAACUGGUUGCAUACACCCGAAGCCCUUAUCAAUGGUCAUGUAGUCUAUCUAGUCAAAUUCUUUGGCAAUGUCCCCGUGGACCAACCCAAGGGUAUUGAAGUCGUCAAGGAUACCAUACGUAAACUGCAAUUUGCCCAACAAAUGAAGAAGGCCGAAACGGGUACACAGGAGAAAUUCAAAAAAGUCGAAAUCACCAUUAGUGUCGAUGGUGUAGCCGUGCAGGAGCCACGCACCCAAAAGAUUCUCCAUCAGUUCCCGCUGCACAAUAUCUCGUAUUGUGCCGACGAGAAAGGUGUCAAGAAAUUCUUUAGUUUUAUUGCGAAAACUGUAAAGCCCGCAGCGGGAGAUACGAGCAGCUCCAAUGGUCGCGGCAGUAGUCCCGACGGUUCGACCCAGUCGUCAUCAACCACCGAAGAUACACAUGAAUGUUUUGUUUUCAUUUCGAAUAAGUUGGCAUCGGAUAUAACAUUGACCAUCGGUCAGGCAUUUGAAUUGGCAUUUAGAAAAUAUGUUAGCACCACAGAGAAAACGGAACUUGGCAAGGCCCAACAACAGAUUGCCGAUUUAGAGAAAACGGUCAACAUCUAUAAGAAUCGACUGAGAGAUUUAUCCCAAAAGUUGUCGAAAUCCGAUUUAGAUGGAUAUUUGUUUAAACAAAAUAUCAAAGACAUUUUGGAAGUACCAGCACAACAACAGACCGUGACCACAAAUGGUGAUGCAUCACAGAAUUUGACAAAUGGAUCAAAUGGUCUGUCAAAUCACGAUGAUAAGACCCUUUUGAUUGAUACCAAUUCGACAAAUUCGCUGAAAUCUUCACUGUUCUUACCCGCUGUACCGCCACGUAACAAUAACAACAACACCACAACCAAUAAAUCCAUGAAUAAUAAUGCCCAAAAGAUGGAGGAGCUAUUAUUGAAUUCCGAUUCGGAUAGUGAUUUUGAUCCGCGGGCUGAGGAAUCGACGGAUGGCAAUAGCACUGGAAGUGGUAAAAAUAUUAGCAAUGAUUUGUUUGGUUUCGAGCCAUCGAAUUCGUUUGGUCAACAGCUGUUCUACAACAACAAUGAUAAUAAAUUCCAUAAUAAUAACAACAACAAUACCAGCAUUAUUAGCAAUAACACAUUCAGUGAAUUGACCGUAACACCACCAUUGUUGGCUCCACCACCCAAAGUCUCGGCAUCACGUCGCAGUACCUCGGUCACCAACAGCACUUCACCAAAUGCCAUUAACAAUUUAAUGACCAAUGGCAACAACAACAACAACAAUCUUGCCGAUCUCUUUGGUUCGGAUCCCUUUGAUACAUCCAACACGGUCAAUCACCACCAUCAAAGUAUUUUCCCCCAGAAGCUGAGUAAAAUUUCCGUAGAUGAUUUCACAUUGGAAAGUUUGGACCCCUUGAGGAAAUGAUUUCCUUCCU